AUGCCAGAUGCCGAAACAGGCAAGCAACAACAACAAUCACAAGAAAAACAAGAUGUAAUUCAUUCAAUCGAAGAAGCUGUUGGAGUGUUUGGCAGAUUGCAAGUGAUCAUGUCGGUCUUAUUACGUUUAGGUGCCUUUCUUUAUUUGAGAUGGGUUCCAAACACUCUUUUGAUGAAAUUGAUGCAUUUCUUUUACGCCUUUUAUUUCUUGGCUUGGUCAAUCAGACAAUUGAGUAUCUCAAAACAAGUCGUUAGCCUUAUCGAUCAAGCGGACAUUCUACCGGCAAAAGCUGAUCUCAAACUUUUAGCCGAUCGAGUCGAAGUGGACAACCAAUCCAACGGAUUGAUCAAGACUAACGGCAACAAAGAUGCAGUCGAACACAAAUCUGAACAAAAUGGUACUACAGUAGAAAGCGAGAAAGAGGCUCUGAUUCGAUCCCUAUCCGUUUGGGAGUUGACCAGAGUGGUACUUUUUGGACGAUCGACACGUUCAUCAACAAUCAACCUGCUCAGCUUUGGUUUCCAUACGCUUCUCUUCUUGUUCUUCCUCGAUGCGGCUUGGAGUCCGUAUAUUUUCCCAUCUCACCACGAGCACAAUUUGCACUUUGCACACGUUGGAGCAUUGGGCCCAAAGACAGCCACGAUUCAUGUUCGCUAUCCUUUCCCACUUGGUCAACGAGAUGAUUACUUGAACGGAGGAUUGAUCGAGCAAGACAUUGGUUCCUUCGAUGGAGCACUGCGAGAUGCACAAAGCUUGUUUGACAACCCAGAACCUCUACGGGUGGUAUAUCGCGAAGUACGCAAUAUCGUCUUAGAAAGCAACUCAGCCGCCAACAGCAUCGAUGGCAGAAUUCGCACGCAAGCAAAACGCUGGGAACGUGGUCCUCUACUCAAAUUGGACGCUGAGAGCGAUUGGACAGGAAGUGCAAAGAUUGAAGGAUUAUGGCCCGCAACCGAGUAUGAAUGGCGCUUAGCAUUUGCCCAUAAUUCAACCUUUACAUCCGUCCCUAGUCACGCUCGCAAAUUCAUUACAUGGCCAGAUCCAAGAUUGAGCGAUGAUAAAGAUGCUUUGGGUGCAUUGCGUACGACGAGAAACGAGGAUGGUUCAGCACCAUUCGAUGAUCCCAACCAUUUCACCUUUGGCUCUUCCUCUUGCAUCAAACCUGAUUUCCCCUGGACUCCAACACAAUUCUGGGCAUGGUCGUGGCUCUUAAGAUUAUUCAAUAUCGGAAAUGAACCUGGUGGUUUUGCCCUGCGCAAUCGUAUUCAAGGAUUUGAUAAAUUAGCCGAAAGAGUAUUGGACGGUCGUGAUAGACCAUCGAUGCGAUUCUUUGUGCAAUUGGGCGAUGUUAUCUAUGGUGAUGUGCCGUAUUGGGGCGGUCCAUUUAUAUUGACAUACCGUAAGCUGUAUCGGAACUUAUUCGCUUCAGAUUCAUUCCGUCGUGUUUAUGAACGUCUUCCGAUGAUGAGCAUUUACGAUGAUCAUGAGGUAGUGAACAAUUGGGGUGGAAAUAAAUUGGUCGGUUCAGCCGUUGAUGAAGAUUCGCAUCAAAUCACAAAAGUUACAACACCAGAAGCCGUUCCUCCAGCUACGAAAGCAUGGUAUGAAUAUAUCGGCAGCAGCAAUCCUGAUCCGUUGGAACCUGGUCAGCAUUAUUACACUUUCCGAUAUGGUGAUACAGCCUUUUUCGUAAUGGACUGCAGACGUCAUAGAUCACCUUGGCAAAUCGAAGAUGAUGAAGACAAGACUAUGCUUGGACAACAACAAAAGGAUGCAUUCAUUCGAUGGUUAGGUGCAGUAAAUUCAACAGCCACUUUCAAAUUUGUUGUCAGUUCUGUACCUUUCACGACAUUAUGGGGUGGACCUUUAGAUUACGAUAGCAAGACGGAUUCAUGGGCAGCAUAUACACAUGAAAGGGAUUAUUUGAUGACGAUCAUGCAAUAUAUUCCCAAUAUCAUCGUUUUGAGCGGUGACAGGCACGAGUUCGCCUCUGUGGGUAUUGCUCCCGUUGGUACAAGAUCAGACUAUCAUCCUGUCACAGAAUUUUCCACUUCACCUCUCAAUAUGUUCUAUCUUCCCGUUCGCACAUUAUCACAAGCACACAAUCUAGGCGCUACGGGAGCAGAAAGAUUAUACAAAUAUUUGCCAGAUGGUAAUAUCAAAUGGUCCGAAUUCGAAGUAGACACUCGAGAUGUUUCAAAGCCAGUAGUGCACGUUAAAGUCAUCAUCGAUGGUGAUGUUGCAUGGAAGGUCAGCGUACAUGGAACGCCGAUCCAUAGAACACGCAAUGCGAUCGGCGGUUUAGCACAAACAUUCUUAGAACUAUUAAAUUGGCGACCUCGUAGAUGGUUCUGA